GUGAGCUGUGAUUGGUCACAGCUUGUCACAUGGUACAAGGCUGUUGUGAAUAGCCUUGUACCAUGUGACCUCUGUGAUCAUUCACAGAUUUCACACGUAGUAAGCAAUGAUGUCACAAGUGACAUCUUGCUUACUACUUUGCAUGUGAUCACUGAUUGGCCAAUCAGUGAUCACAUGAUCGGGACCUCGUACAGAGGUCCCGUCCGACGAUCGAAAUGGCUUCAGAUGUUACCUGCUCACGGUCACAUGAAUUAAAAUCUUCUCCAUGCAGAAAAUGUCAAUUUCUUUUGAACCUUUACAAGAUUUACCUUCUUAUAACGAAUAUUGAUCAAUUGCUUG